CUCUCACAGUGAAACCAGGUGGUGCAGUUUACAGUUAAUCCGUAGGUACGUUAAUCUUCAACAACUUCUCAAUACUCACGGAAUCCCUAAAACUGGGUACCAGAGGGUUGUCUGAAACUCUACUAACUUUGUAAUUAAGUUACUAGAAUAGAACAUUUUUAAAACAAAGGUCUCCCAUCUGGAAUUGAGAAGAGGAAAUUUUUUUCCACUGGUUUUUGGUCUGUAGAAUUCUUUCCUGGAGGUUGAAAGUGGCCUGUUAAAGGUAGUCCAAUUGCAAUGAAUGGUAUACCUUCAUAUCCUCCUUUAUAAGGAGAAACUAGAAAAUUGAAGAAAAUUGCAAACUACUGUCGACUAAAAGCAGUAAAAGGAAGCAAAAUGAGGGUCUGGAUUCGUCCUACCAUAUUUUACAUUUUAUUUACUCAAUGUUUUGCUGUCUUAGCUGUGAAUUCUGCUGAUACAACAGGGCAAAAAGUUUCUGCCAUUACCAACUUCCUUAGCAAUGAGGGUAAUUCUUCCGGAAAACUUAAUAAAACUGGAUCUUUUAACAGUGUUUUCGCAACUAAAUCCAAUCAGAAAGGAGUAGUGACACCUUCUACGGUGAAACUGAGCCCAACAAGUAACAACAUGACUGCCUUAGCCCCUGGGAUUACUGUUGCCACGUCAACCAAAUUAGUGAAGCCUUCUGUGCCUGACAGUUCUCAGCCUCCUAAAACAGGGAUAACAAUAUUUCAAACAACAACACCUCAUGUUUCAAGUCACUACGUGCCUGAAUCCUCGACAAGUGCGCCAUUUGUUUCAACAGCUACAGAGAGUCAAAUUAAUGCAACACAUCAAGUCUCAACGUCAACGGCAACUACUGCACUGAAGUUAACACAGACAGGGUCCACUGAAACAAAUAGACAGCCAACUAGUGCUGGUGUUACUCAGCCUAAUACAGGUUCACUGUAUUCAAUCAUAACAACUAGAACUUCAGGUACAGUCAUGCAUCUGAGAAAACAAGAAAUAAUUCUGACCAUCUGCUUAAGUACCAUUCUUGGAGUUGUGAUUCUAACCAUUAUUAUGUAUAAUAUCAUCAAAUGCAAACGAAGGAGAGCACAGUAUACCCAUCGCCCUCUCUAUGCCACUUCAAAUGAGGAGCCAGGGCGAAGAUACAAUAUUCCAGAUGACACAUUGGUAAUUUCAGGAGGUCUUUACGAUGAAUCACGUGUUUAUAAUCCCAACAUGAGUGUUCUUGGAGAAGAUGAUGAGUUUCAUGGUGACUAUCCUGCAUUUACUUCCAAGUACAGCCAAUUCAGACUGGAAUUUUUACCAGAAGAAAGAGAGAUCACAGAUCAAGGAUCUUCCUUUAACACAUUUCAACCACAAAUAUAGCUCAUUAUAACCUACUGUGCAAACUCUGACUCACUCUAGUUUCAUGUGCAGGUUUUCAUUGAUAACAAAAUGAAUGAAUAUUAGCUAGACUUUCAUACUUCAGCCCUAAGCCUCCAUAAACUUCCAAACUAAGUACCUAUUCUGCACUGUGUGGGCUUCUGUAUAUUUGUACCCAAGACUCCCAAUAGAUGCCUUGCAAAACUAGAUAAAUGUGCGAAUUCUGCUUGUACCACAACCAUGAUCUAAUUUGCAAAUAGAAAAAUUCAGCUAUCAAACAGAAAAAAUCUUAUUUACCUGACGUUAAGAAAAUCUUAAAAUGCAGAAUUAUUUCUUUCUCAAGCUGUGCAUUCAAUUAUUUAGAGCAAUGUUUCAAGGGAAAUAAUUUUCAAAUGACUAAGAAUCAGGUAUAGGAAGUCUUAAUUUUUAUCAAUCUAAUGUAUUUAUUUCCAGCAGGAAAAUCAGACAUUAAAACGUUUGAAAACUAGUAAUAUCUUAAAUACACCAACAUGUGUCCUCAAUUAGUACUUGAAUUUGUUUUUUAAAAAAUAUGAUCACUGAACUGCUCCACCUCUUGGUGCACAUGACAUAAAAAACUUGUUUUUGGGAGCUUGCAGUAUUUAUCCACGCCAACCUGUUACCUUCACCAGCUAUCCAUUAGUUCUCUGGUGGUUUGGUUAAGAGGAAGAAUAGCAAAUUUAGCUUGGGCCUGAACACUAUUUGUACGAUGAAGACAGUGACUAUUCUGCCUUAAAGGUCAAAACAGCAAUUUACUUUUACUGUCCUGAAACAUCUGAAAACCUUUUGUUAAAAAAGUAUAACAUGGAGCAGCAAAUGUCUUUAAGGAGAAGAGUGAGGUAGAGAGGCUGAGGGAUGUAGGGAGGGAAUUCCAGAGCUCGGGAUCCAGGGAACUGAAAUCAAGGGUUCAACAAUUAAAAUUGACCAUGUCACAAAAACACAUUAAUGGAAGAAUGUUGAUACAUCAGAAGAUUGUGGAUUGAGUGAACAAUAAACAGUCGGCCUUGAAUUGGAUUGAUCAAUUCUGAUAUUGUUUGCAGAUUCAUUCCCAAAAUAAUUUCCUGCUAACUACACUUCCUAUAGGUCUACCCAAAAUUAACUUAACUACAGGUACAAUAUGAUGACUUGCAACAAUGUAGGAAUAUGGCUGGUUCACAGGGGCCAGGUAAUUGAUGCAAUGCUUAUUUUUAUCGAAUAAGGGCUAAAUUGUUGAUUGUACUGAAAGGUAUAAUGUUUAAACAAAUCUCUGGGGUCUGAAACCUAUUGCAAUCUAUUUUAAAGUUGUAUAGAUUUAUUUUUUAUAAACAUCCAAGGAUAUAAAAUUAUUUAUCAAUGACUUUCACCUGAAUACUUAUCAAAGUUAAAGCUUUUUCACAAUUUAUCACAGCAUUUGUGUUUGGUUAGUCUUUUACUUUUUUUGCAUCUCAAUUCUGCUAAAUUAAUAAUAAAUGCUGCAAUAAGAACAUGUAUAAAAUUUAUAAGUAUGAGUGUUAGCUAUGCAAUGCAUUGGGAGAUGCCUUUGAGGUUGUUCUUAAUAAAAAAAAGUUUUGAAACAACAAA